CGCGGCGCGCCAGGCACCAAGGAGGAGAGCAUCUAGCGACUUCAUGUGGGAAGGAGAACAGCAACUUUCUGCAGGAAAAACAAGUGCUGCGUGUUUUUCGGGACAUACAAUGCGACUACUUGGCUUUAUGUUGGAUUUUGACACCUCGCCACUUUGACAGGAGUGCAGCCCGAGUUUGUAAACUCUGUGGGAGGAAUUUCGGGUUUUCCCCCUCCGAAUCAAACUUUUGGGGUCUGGACAUCCAGGAGCCGCUCGGGAAGUAGCAUCUUUCUACAACUCUCACUGGGAAAACAAAAUGUAGAGACUUCAGAAUGGACGAGGAGCAGUGCUACUACAACGAGACCAUCGCCUUCUUCUACAACCGCAGCGGCAAGUACCUAGCUACCGACUGGAACACGGUCAGUCGCUUGGUGAUGGGUCUGGGCAUCUCGGUCUGCAUCUUCAUCAUGCUGGCCAACCUCCUGGUGAUGAUUGCCAUCUACGUCAACCGGAGAUUCCAUUUCCCCAUCUACUACCUGAUGGCCAACUUGGCAGCUGCAGACUUCUUUGCCGGAUUGGCCUAUUUCUACCUGAUGUUCAACACGGGACCAAACACGAGGCGUCUGACCGUUUCUACGUGGCUUCUCCGCCAAGGCUUGAUCGAUACCAGCCUGACGGCCUCGGUGGCGAAUCUCCUGGCGAUCGCCAUCGAACGCCACAUCACAGUAUUCCGAAUGCAACUGCACACACGCAUGAGCAACCGCCGCGUGGUGGUGGUCAUCGUUAUCAUCUGGACCAUGUCCAUCGUCAUGGGAGCCAUUCCAAGUGUGGGCUGGAAUUGUAUCUGUAGUAUCAAGUCAUGCUCCAACAUGGCGCCGCUUUACAGUAACUCCUACCUAGUCUUUUGGGCUGUCUUUAAUUUAGUGACGUUUGUUGUCAUGGUGACGCUGUACGCACACAUCUUUGUUUACGUACGCCAAAGGACAAUGAGGAUGUCACGUCACAGCUCCGGACCACGACGUAACAAAGACACGAUGAUGUCAUUGCUGAAAACCGUGGUGAUCGUUUUAGGGGCAUUCAUCAUCUGCUGGACACCAGGUCUUGUCAUCCUUCUUCUUGACGUCUUUUGCGCCAGCUGCAAUGUCCUCACCUAUGAAAAGUUCUUCCUACUUCUCGCCGAGUUCAACUCAGCGAUGAACCCCAUCAUCUACUCUUACCGCGAUAAGGAGAUGAGCGCCACCUUUAGGCAGAUCCUGUGCUGCCAGCGACAGGAGAACAUCAACGGGACGGUAGCGGAGGGCUCAGACCGGUCGGCGUCGUCCACCAACCACACGGUGCUCAGCGGCGGCAUGCAUCACCAUCACAACAACGAACAUUCAGUGGUGUGAAGGAUCAAGGUGAAUCGUUGAACUGUAUUUGAAGGUCAAGCAACUCCAAAGGUGGUAUGAAGAUUGUGGAAGGAAGAGAGACGCUUUAGUGUUGUAUCACGGGAGAACACUAAUUAUGAAAGAAGAUGAGCGAUCACGCAUCCUUAUUGACUGAAAUGCUGUUUUUAUUUUUUGUUUAUGAUGUUUUUUCUAUUUGUGUUCAAUGAGUUGCUGUCGGCAAUGCUAAUACAAGCUAUUGCAUCUGUAAAAUUACGAUAAUGCCAGUAUGACACGGGCGUCCAUUACGAUUACUUACCGAGCAAAAAUACGUAAGGGAAUGCAAGAUUUGUAUUUGUUGUUAAUUUGAUAUUUAGCAGGAUUUGGCAAAACCAAUUAAUUUUGGGAGAAUGCAAGAUUUUUGUCCUUCAGAGUCAGGACCUGCUUCACCUCGGAUUUUUAACAUUUCGGCCUUGGCAAAAGUCUGAGCUUCUUUCAUAGCCACUCUAUUUACAAGAUCGGUUUUGUCCAUUGUGACUAAAGGGGUUCCAUUACAUCAUUCGUAUGUGUUAGGAAGUCAUUGCUCAGCGAAACAAUAACAUUUCAAGAUUGCUCCAUCGAUUCAAUGACUCACCUUUUGGGUCGUAACCAAACUCUUAUUUUGAUUGUCAUCGCCUAUGUGUAAUUGUUUACUAAUUUUAUACAACAAUAAAUCAAAUUCGGGGAAUUCAGAGUUAUGUACAGUAGAAAUACCAAGGAGCAUCUCCAAAUGAGCUUCAGGCUUUCGGCCAACUUCAAUACAUGAGUCAAAUAGCUGCAUGAAAUCGCAACUUGUUUAUUUCCCUUCUAAGGCAUUCAAGAUAACUUGUUCUCUCCAUCUGACCAAAGAAGGGGAGGAGGUUAGUUUACCGCAUGCUGGCGAAGAGCAGCUGUGUUACGCACAGAAAAGGUGAAGGUCACCCUAUUAGCGUCGUUAGCCGACAUCAUAUUUUUAUCGUUUGUUUUUGUGUCCAUGAAUCAGAAGAAGGCCGGAGGUCACACAGCAUCUUAUCGUCAGUGUGAUGAAUCAUGUAAAGGACAAGCGUGAAGUGGAUUCUACGAAGGCCUUCAGUUUGAAAUUCACAGUAACUGAGGUUCCACUGAUGUCAAAUUUCCAUUUUAAUGAAAUCCUUUUAUUUGGGGGAAAGGUCGCUCUUAUGAGAUCACAGUUUGGCUUUGGAAAACACCAGAGCUGAGCUGAGCUAACUUAUCCUUUUGACCCGAGAUUGAAUGUCACCCAGCAGUAUUGUCAAAGAAAAGUUGAAUGUACAUAGAUGAUGAAGAUAUGAAAUGACUAUUACUAUUCCAUUUCAAUUGUUUUACCAUACUACAAAAUGUCUGCUGUCAUUGACAACUUCAAUCAUGUUUUGAUUAUAAAGCCACAAGGACAGUUUAUUUCAUUCAGCCUGUGUGCAACAUUGAUCAGGAAACAGGAAAAUAUGUGAGAUUAUAACACUAAAGCGUUUCAUAUUUCAGAAAUCAAAUGCCAGCAAGUUUAACAUGCUCGCCAGAGUAACUCGGAAGUUGAGGUCUGUAUAAAGAUUACAGUGUUCUUGUUUUUAGCAUCGGCCCGAGUCAGACUUUAUCAUGCAUGUGGCACCAACAGCUGCUUAAAAAAGAUUUUUUCUUUUUUUUUACUUUUUAGAAGACUUUUAUUGGUCAUUUUGCUAUCCCUAAAAUUAAUAGGAAAAAAAAACAGUUUACGUCAAUCUUGCUCAACAUUCUAUCAACUGUGAGUGAUAUUUCCCUUUUUGACAUAAUCGUUUACUUCCUCUAAAUUAUUGUCGCUUCCUGAAAUACUUAUCCCCUUUUCAAUUUAUAAUCCUUGUCUUCAAGAAAUGCCACUUCUCCUCCAGCGAUUUUACUGUAACUAUUCUGCUGUAUCGCCACAUUAUUUCCAAAAUGCCUUGAAUUGAACAAUUUUUGGUUCACAACCAAUAAUAAAUUGUAAUUAUGUCACAUGCACCCGAAAUAGCCAUUGACCAAAAUUGAAUCCAAAUUGUGCAUUCCUGAAGCCGAUCCUCCAUAUUAGUAGUCCUGAACAAAAUCGAGUCAACCAACAAGAUGGAUUAUAUCAAUGAGUCCGUAUGUGUAUAUAAGUAUAUUUGUACAGUAUGUGUGUAUAUAAAAAAAAAAUACAUUAUUCGAAUUGAAUCACCAAAGGGAUUUUUUUUUUUUUUUUACAUUUUAACUGCUAAAUCCCUUUCAAAAGUACUGUAGGGGGCCUUGAUGUCUUUUGUAAUUAAUUUCC